AUGCCGCUCAGCAUGCUGCUGAAUCCUGCGCAGUCACAAAUGAAUUCUAGGGGAGCUCCCGGUAUGGCUCCUAUGUCACAUUCUGUUGAUGGCACUUUCCGCGGAGAAAACCAGAACGCUGGUUCCGGGGCUGGAAUGAAACAUAUGCAGCAGAACACACGAGCGCCAGGCGGUCCAUUACCAGCCAAUCCAUCUGCCAGUGGUGGAGCUCCACGCUAUCUCAGUAACUCGUCUGGAAAGGGUCGUUUUGACCAGAAUGCUGGAGUGUCCCAGAACUCUCAUGCCUACCAGCAACUGAAUUCAACUAAUGCCAAUUCAGUGCUUUCUGAAACAAACCAAUCUCUUGCCUCACAGAUGUUGACACAGUCUAUGGAAACUGGAUCUGGAGGUAUGCUGUCUCAGCAAGGCAAUUGGCUAUCUGGCGAUGGUCGUGGAGGAAAUCGCUAUUCCGACGGGUUUAUGGGUGGCGGAAAAGCAUCAGCUCUUGCCAGCCAAACUGGGGGUCACAUGGGAUUGUCAGGCCUUUCGCAGGACAGCACAGUCGACUUUGGCUUCGGAUCUGUUACGUCCACUAGUCAGGUGGAGAAUCUACUCCUCUCACAAGACGCCACGUUUCAAGGUCCUGCUGCUGCUGCUAGUGCCUCCAUGCAGAGAACGGCAGACAACCCGUUCGCACUUAACUUUGACGGCCUGGGCUUCACCGAUGUGGGCGGCGGCAACUCUUCUGGUGGUAAUCCGAGUGGAAGGACACCGCUGUCACAAUUUUAA